AUGGGAGAACGUGAAACAGUCCUGGCUAUUUCACGCCUCUUGGAUUCCCAUCCAGAAUCCCGGCACCGGCGCUCCCGCCCGAGCGCCCCCGCCGCCGCCCGGCCCCUCCCGCCCCGUACCUGCAGAGGCGGCGGCGCCGCGGGCGCUGCUGCGGAGCCCGAGGGCGGCGGCGGCGGCUUCGGGGGGGAGAAGGGGAGGGAGGGCGCCGCUGCCUCCUCCCCUGUCCCCCCGCCGGGCUCGGCGGUCCCUGGCGGCCGGUGUCUCCGCGGGGGCGGGAGGAGGCGGCUCCGGCCCCAGGGCGCUGGCGGCGGCGGCUACAUGGAGCUGCGCGCCCCGCUACGCAGGGAGGCGCCCGGGCGGGCAGCGCGGCCGCAACAUCGAUGCGCGGGGUCAGGAGGGCGGCGGCGGCGGCGGCUCCCCCCCGGCGCACUCACCCCGGAGCCGCCCGGGCCCCGCUCUCGGCUCCUCCCGCCGCCUCCGCCGGGCUCGUUAUUGACUUUCAGGAAAACUCCCGACGUCACCGGCUCCCCCCGAGUGUCUCCCCCUCCGCGGCGGUGGCGGCGGCGGCGGCGGCAUCCCCGGCUCUCGCGAGAAGCGCGGCGGGGACGGGGGGGCCGCCAGACAGCGCGGGGGGAGCCAGACAGAGGGGGGCGGCUGAGUUACACAGCCCCCCGCCCCGAGCUGGCCCUGGUACCCGGAGUGGUCCCCUCGGCUCUGCAAACUCCUCCGGGAGCAGAACUACCAGUUACGCCGCAGGAAGCCGUAAUUCAUCCCUCGCUGAAGUGUUCAGUGGAUGCGCCAGCCUCAGUGUUGCUAAAUUGUCCUCAGGCUUCGCCGGGUAAAUAAACGCCUGGGGAAAGCGUGCACCGGCGCUCCCGAGCCUCCGGCUCUUCCCGUUGCCACAAGCGGAGCCGGAGCGGGGCCGGUGGCAGCGGAGCAGCCGCGCUGCAGGGUGCUGAGCUCUCCCGGCUCGGCGGAGCUGCCUCCGGGCUGGCAGGCCGGGGAUGCCCGGCCUGCUGUGCCCGCCGCCGCCGAGCCUGGUCCUGCACCCUAAGCAGUGCCUGGGCUUCAUUGCUACGGUGCCCUCCGCCCUGUGUUCCACGGCUAAGCGGCUGUAUGUGGGUGCUUGCAGGAGUUUAGUGCACAUAAAGAUGUCUUCUAUUGUUUAUGGGUGCAGUAAUACACACAAAUUAAUUUUCUUUAGAAAUGCAUCUAUUUAUAACGCAGUUCACGCUGGCCUGUGUCAGAACCUGUUACUGCAGAGGAUAAAUAGGUAUUUUGGAUUGCUUGAAAUACAACUAUUUGCUCUGUUUCAUCAGUGCAGAUUUUUUUGUAAAAAAUGCACGUUCAUGGAAAUUACAUUAAAAAGAAAAAAAAUAUUUCUCUAGCAUGAAUUUCACCUUUAAUUUCUAAGUUUUUCUUCCUCUCAUAUGCCAUCAUUUACAACUCUUUGAAACAUCAGACUUCCUAUUAUCUGUACCACUACAGGGCUUCAGAGAGAUUUUUUGAGAAUCUAAAUAAUCAUAUGAGUUGGCACAGGACUGGAAAUUUGCCUCCGGGGGCACUGAAUCCUUUCCCUGCUGCAGCAAGCAACCACACUAAUAAUCCCAUUCAUAAAUAUGCUGAGUUUCCUCUUAGAACUAUGAAGUUUGUUUUCUGCACUGUGCUCACUAGCAGGCUACAACCUAAGCUCUAUGUCCCCCUAACUCUGAAGAAAAACAAAAUUUCAACUGUAUUUGAUUAAUGCAUCUUUUUGAAAAAUUAGUUAAAAAGGACCUUGCCAAGCAUUACUUCCUUUCCCAGAAUUUACCAUUCGGUCUUCCUCCUUCUCAGAAACACUUUAGUAAAGUGAGCAUCUUAUUAACCAUCAAUAUUCACAGAGAACCAUAGUAUCAAUUAUUAAAAUGUGUUUAGUCCCUAAUGUCUCCUUUGAUCAUUGCUACUAUGCUGCUCCUGAAAAACGGAAGGUGUAGGUCUUACAACUUGCUUUCUGUUUGCUGCAGUUCCUCCGAAGGGCUCAGAACCUAAGGCAGCAUGAAAUCUGCAUGGGCAGUAGCUGAUAGACUGCCAAUCAACUGUUCAGGUGCCAAACGCUGAGUGUGAAAUCCGGGCCCACAGAAAGUCCUGGUAUUUGGUAUCACUCAGGUUAUUCCUGCUCUCUGUUAAUCCCUGCCACUCACAGCUGCAAAUUUCUUAUUAAUAAGUAUGUGUGUAUGGUUGGUCAUCCUAAUUGAUGCCUCUAAAUCUUCAAAAGGCAGCUAUGAAAUACUUCCCUUAUGACAACAGUGAGUUUGCUUACAUUUAUAGAUACUUGGUGUAAAUCACCUAAAAGCACAUUUAUAUACUUUUUAAAAGAAAAAAACCCUUGCACCAUGCAAAGAAAAAAAAAAUUAACAUUUACCACAAGGAGAGUUAGUCUUCUGCACUUUUAUUUUGUUACUGAUUGUUGAAAAUGAAACGGUAGGAUGAAAUCUGUCAUGUUGAUCUGGAGCUUAAACAUGUAUUUUUCAGCAAAACCUGAUUAGUAAAAUUUUGUUAUAUCUAUGAGAUAUAGACAACUAUUCACAGGUUAAAAAAAUUUAUUCAGUAUGACUUUGAAAUCAGAUUCAUUAUCUUACCCCUUAUAAAUCAAAUAUCAGCACUCUGUUUUUGAAAUUCAUGGUUUCUAGUUACUCUUAAGUUUUUGAUCCUGCUCAGCCUCAUAUAUUGACCUCAGUGUGCUGAAU